UGAAAGUCUACACCUCCUUCAGCAAUAAAUUAUGAAAAUGAUACUGCAAAGUUUUACUUCUUGUCAACACCCACAUUCUGUCAUGUGUAAUAUGUUGUUCACAAAAAUGUGUUUCGCUUCCAAAUGAUAAAAUGGUGAUAAAUGAAACAAAGACAAGCAGCCAACAUGACUGAAAACAAGAAAAUGUCCAUGAGCCGGAAACACAGCCUGAAGAGCUUAAUGCUUCAGGUUGCAAGAGACUUGUUAGAAGUUGAAGCUGGAGAGAAAGUGCAAGAGAGGAAGAAGUACAUGGAAGAGCACUGCCCUCCUCUUUGUUUACCCAGCAGCAAGGAGGAGUUACAGGCACUGUGCAAAGAUCUACAUGAAAAGAUUAUAGUUAUUGAUGAAGAGCGAUACAAUCUGGAACACAAAGCUAUUAUGGUUGUGGAUGAAGUUAAAGAUUUGAAUAUAAAAAUUGUAGACCUCAAGGGCAAGUUCAAGAAACCUCCUCUGAAGAAAGUACGUAUGUCAGCUGAUGCUAUGCUUCAGGCUCUACUCGGCUCCAAACACAAGGUGAACCUGGACCUGAGGGCCAACCUGAAACAAGUGAAGAAAGAGGUCAAGGAGGAGGAUAAGGAACUGCGUGAUGUUGGUGACUGGCGUAAGAGUAUUGAAGACAAGGCUGGCAUGGGUGGAAGGAAAAAGAUGUUUGAGACUGAGGCUUAAAUGCAUUGAUCAGACAUGUGUCUUUUAGUGACAUUAUCAAAAUAGUUCCCAUUUUGCCAGUAGUAAUGCCACAAUUGUCUCCAUAUAAUUACAAUAUUCACAGGUCAACUAACCCAUGAAUGUUUUUCUAUUAAAGCAAACGUGUGUUCCCAUCUUUAACAGCAUUGUGCUUUCACUACAAUCUCUUUGUAAAUGCGUUCAAGAUGACUUUUUACCAAAUAAAUGCACUAUGUGGAUUAAAUAAAUAUCAUUUCUGAAUUAUUUUAACAAUGAAUGAUUACAUUCAUGAUUACGUGAAACCUUUCCGCUUUCUUGUCAAGGGAUUCUUUAGGAAGAAUGGUAAGUAAUUUCUGACAAAGCAUGUCUGUUACUUAGAGUGAGUAUCUGAACUGUUACAUAUUCUUGAAUGAAUAUAUGAUGUUUGUUUAAAAGUAUUGUUUUUGUCUUAUACAGAUGCAGACCAGAUUGAUUUGCAUUAGAGGUAAGUUAUACUUGGGCCAAAAUGCAUUUAUAUACUAGCAUACACUAGAGUGUGCUGUCCAUCCUACUCAUGGAACUCUGUCCUCCAGGUGAAGAUACCUCUAACUGUAAAACAACACAAAGCUAAUAACUUCUGAAGGUAAUAACUUGCUUAGAUAUAUAUUAAGGUUGAAACUAACUCGUUAACAUGAGAACGGCUAAUGGAGCUUUCAAUGGGUUCAUCAUUGUCCUCCUUCCCUUGCAUCUCAGGAAACAAUUGUACAUGUGGAACAUUUGUACAGUUCCUGAGACCAUAAAUCUCAGCUGACAGCAGGACAUUAACAAGAUAUAUAAGUCAUAAAAUAAGAAAAACAUCUUAAACGAUGAGUUAUUUAUAUGGAGGUUGGGGUUAUAUGGAAGGGAGGGGCUGAGGCUCGAGUUUCAGAUGCAUGCUGAUCUGUUGGUCUGAGCAGCACACCAAUUCCAUAAAGAGAGAUGCAGUGUUUUGCUGAGCCAUCAUACAAUGUCAUUAAAACCCCCAUGGUGUUUCAGUAGCUCGUGGCAGUCUCUCUGGAUCAUACUUGCCGCCUUCUUCUCUUAGGAUCUGAAGCAAACAAGAAGGCAAGAUGUCUGA